UAGAAUGUUCGUACGGUCAACGGGAAGAAGUGGAUGAUGUGUAUUUUGUAUACAAAUGUCCCGAUGCUAACUUCCAGUCAGUCUCGCGUCGUUCUUUCGCUCUGGUUUUUAAAGUUUAUUUGACCAGAGACUUAAACGGAAACGAAAGCGACAGGGGCUUGAACACCGGACGUAGCAGCUGUUAUAGUUGGCGAUUAAGGUGCCUUUCCUGCCGCAGACUUCCAUCACCUCCCUUCGGCUCUCCCAGCCGAGGUGCAAGCUUAUGGGGGCCGGUAUCGCCAGAGUAUGGAGGAGUUAACCAGGGACCGUCAUGGCUGCAGUGAAGGUGUGGCGCUACACCAGCGGCCGUGUCCUCGGAGGAUGGGGCCCACUGCUGUGCGUCUUCCUCGGCUCUCUGGUGGCCUUCCUGAUGCCGAUGGUCGGCGUGGAGGACCAGUGCUGCGCCGGCCUGCAAGGCGUGGCUCAGCUCCGUUGCCUGCUGUGGGGAAGACCUCGUCAGCCGCCCGCUGUGCAGUCCACCAGCCUCACCGUCCCCUUCACUGGUCUUGAUCUGCUGCCGCUGAGGUCCGAGCCGAGUUUAGAGAUGAAGCUGGAGGCCAAAGCAGCUCUGCAACAGGCUCUGGAGAUGAAGAAACUGGGAAAGAGGGAGAAGGCGCACAAGCUGCUGGCACAUGCGCUCAGUAUAAAUCCAGAAUUUGUGGAUGCCCUGACGGAGCUUGGAACCAUUUUGGAGGAGGAGAAGGAUGUGGUUCAGGCAGACCAUCUCUAUACCAAGGCCUUGGCCAUCUCUCCGUGCAACGAGCGGGCGCUGGUCAGUCGAGAUCGGACGCUUCCCCUGGUGGAGGAGAUAGACCAGCGGUAUUUUAGCAUCAUUGACAGUAAAGUGCGCCAGCUCAUGUCCAUUCCCAAGGGGAACUCUGCACUCCGCCGAGUGAUGGAAGAAACCUACUACCACCACAUCUACCACACGGUGGCCAUCGAAGGCAACACGCUCACUCUGUCUGAGAUUCGUCACAUCAUUGAGACGCGCUACGCUGUCCCUGGGAAGAGUCUGCAGGAGCAGAACGAAGCGAUCGGCGUGGACGCGGCCAUGAAGUACAUCAACACCACGCUGCUGUCCAGGUCAGGAGCCAUGACCGUCGGUGACAUCCUGGAGAUUCACAGGCGGGUGCUCGGGUAUGUAGACCCUGUGGAGGGAGGGAGGCUGCGCACCAGCCAGGUGUUCGUGGGCCACCACAUUCCACCCCAUCCUCGGGACCUGCAGAGGCACAUGGAGGAGCUGGUUCAGUGGCUCAACUCGGAUGAAGCUCUGCAGCUGCACCCAGUGGAGUACGCGGCCCUCGCCCACUACAAACUGGUGUACGUGCACCCAUUUGUGGAUGGCAACGGACGCACGUCACGCCUGCUCAUGAACCUUGGGCUCAUGCAGGCAAGAUAUCCGCCAAUCACCAUUCGCAAAGAACAAAGGGCUGAAUAUUACGCAGCCCUCGACACGGCCAAUGAGGGUGAUGUACGACCCUUCAUUCGCUUUAUAGCCAAAUGUACAGAGAUGACACUGGACACGCUGUUGAUUUCUACAACAGAGCAUGCUGUGGGACUGCCGGGGGCAGGCCCGGCCCAGGCUUGUCCCGAUUACAAGCAGACCAUCCCAAUCCACAACUGACCUGGAGACAGAUGAAGGGAGGCACAUUAUGCUAGCAUGCAGCGAGUUUACAUUAAACUAACAGCAGCAUUAAUGACCCUUAAAACCUGUUGAAUUUCCUGCCUCUUGCCUCGUGUGGGUUCUGUACGCUCUGAACUAACUGAAGCUGGUGCAGGAAGUCUGAGUGUGCUGUUUUCAGGUUCAUUUAUACAGAUUUCCCACUUUUAGUUUGUAACUUCAGUCGUAUAGGAGUGAUACUUGUAGAAAACAUUCUGAACAUAAAGUACCAUUAAUGUGAGUGAGGAACAAAGCUUUAAGUUGUGGCUUUAAUCAUUUCAGUAAUUUUUGAAUUUGUAGUGUUUGUCGUCUCUUUUGGAAAAAAGAUGUCAUAACACCGUUAAGCACUUUACUGUAUUUUACUAUUUAUUUUAAAUAAAUGUGCAAAUCUAUUA